GAGGCCGGGAGGGCGUGCGGGAAGCCGCGCCGCCUGCCGAGGAGGAGGCCCGCGCCCUCUCCCCGCCCCCGCCCCCGGGGCUCGCCGCCGAGGCGGCGGGCGCCGCAGAGGGGGGCCAGAGGCCGCCGGGGCCCCAGAAGCGGGGACUUCUUGGCAGGCCGGGCCGCGAGCGCGCCCGAGAAAGCUGCAGCCGUGAGACGAGACGUGGAUCGGGGGCCCCCCCCUCCCGCUUGCAGCCCUGCCCUCCGGGACGGGGCCGCGACGGCGGCGCCGUCUCCGCGCGGCGCGCGCGUGCCCCUCGGGGGCGGCCGGCGGCCAGC